UUUCCAACAAGCGAUUCAGUCAGCACCGCUCAGGAAAAAAAAGAGAAGCUGCUGAAGUUCUGUGAACAGGCUCAGGACUGACUGAAUUCUUCUUUCCGGUUCUUCAUAUUCUGACACCGGUGUCGUGUUGAAGUCUGUUCCCCUGUCAGAUAGUGGUUUAUGUGGCGGUGCAGGGAACAGGGUUUAGGGUUAGGCGUAGCAGAGACAACUGGUUGGGGGGUGAGGGCACGGUCGGGGUCAGGUUAAGCAUCUCGGAAACCUACUUGUUGCGUUUGGGAUUAAAGUUUAGGUUGGGGUUGAGGUUAAGGUAAGGGGGAACCAAUAUCGACGGGGAAACAACACUUCUUCACGGCUGCAUCGUCGCGUUUUGGCUCAACCGUUAAACGUCGGUGAGCAGAGUCACGCUGCGUGAACCGGCGGUCGUCUUUGGCUAGUCGCCCAACAGAGAGAACUGGGCUUGUUUCUGCCUCCCCAGAGAAGUCCAAGCUGUCUGCUCAUAGGUUUGCAGUGAAAAAAAAACCCAUAACAGCACCAAUCCAAUAAUGCACUCAAGACAAAUCUAAUUUGGUUUUGCCUGAUUUCUGUUUUGGCGAGUCCAAGUUUUAUCCAUGGCUGUUUUAAAUCGGUAACCUCUCAGCGCCAAGCUGGACCCGAAGACCUUGCCUCCCCACGCCUGCUCCUCUGCCCCAUCCCCGAAACAGUUUCAAGAACAUACAUCUCGGCUCUACGACCCAGGGCUCCGACUAGUCAGCAAGGAACAGGAGGAAGAGGAGGAGUAUGUCUGUGAAGGAAGUCUGUCAGCUGCACUGCAGGAGUUCACAGCCACCUACAGAGAUGCAGAGACCAUUACUGAUGUGUGUAACAGUACUGAUUUGCCGGAGCUUGAGAUCAUCAGCUUAUUGGAGGAACAGCUGCCCGUCUACAAGCUGAGGGCCGACACCAUCUUUGCCUACGAGCAAGAUGAUUGGCUGCACACCCCACUGGUGGAACCCGAUGCCGCCCUCGACCUGACCACUGAACAGAUAGAGGAGACUCUCAAGUACUUCUUACUGUGUGCUGACAGGGUGGGCCAGAUGACGAAGACCUACAGUGACAUUGAUGCCGUCACUCGACUACUUGAAGAGAAAGAGCGUGACCUGGAGUUAGCAGCUCGCAUCGGACAGUCGCUGCUGAAGAAAAACAAAACCCUCAGUGAGAGGAAUGAACUGCUGGAGGAGCAAGUAGAGCACAUACGAGAGGAGGUUUCUCAGCUGCGCCAUGAUUUGUCCAUGAAAGAUGAACUGUUACAGUUCUAUACCAGCGCUGCUGAGGAGAGUGAGGGGGAGUCGACCACCUCCACUCCUGUGCGUCCCGCUGAAACCAGUGUAUCAACGCCGACUUUUUUCCCCUUGGAUUCCUUACAGAAGAAACUCAAAGAUCUUGAGGAAGAAAACAAAUCGUUACGAUUUGAGGCAAGUCAUUUGGAGACAGAAACUAUCUCCUAUGAGGAAAAAGAGCAGCAGCUUGUCAAUGACUGUGUCAAAGAACUACGUAAUUCCAACUUGCAGAUCUCCUCUCUGGCUGAAGAGCUGGCCAGAAAAAGCGACGAUGCCUCCAGACAGCAGGAGGAGAUCACACACCUCCUCUCACAGAUAGUAGACCUCCAGAAGAAGGCCAAGCUGUAUGCUGUGGAGAAUGAGGAGCUGACACAGCACUUGGGUGCAGCCAAGGACGCCCAGCGACAACUUACUGCUGAGCUGAGAGAGUUACAGGACAAGUACGCAGAGUGCAUGGAAAUGCUUCAUGAGGCCCAGGAGGAGCUCAAGAACCUGAGAAAUAAAACCCUACCACUCGGCACAUCGAGGCGUUUCCAUUCUCUGGGUCUGUUCCCGAUGGACUCUCUGGCAGCAGAAAUAGAGGGCACCAUGAGGAAGGAACUGCAGAUGGAUGAUCCUGACGUAGAGGAGCAGAGACUACAACCAAAGCGAGUGUUCCAGACAGUGAAAAACCUGAACCUGAUGCGUCAGCGUUCAUCGCUCGCCCCCUCCCCCCUCAACAUCCCAGGCUCCAACCAGACAUCAUGCUUCACCUCAGGUCGCUCCAGCAGGGUGGGCACGCCACGCUGCAACUCCAUAUAUGGUAGCGAGAAAGGAAGUGGGAUCAUCCUGGACAACAGGACCGGCAGUAUAAUGGAGAGUCCAGAUGAUGGGUUGGAAGACUCAAACAGGCGCCCCCCUGGUACCCCAGGAACCCCGGGCAGCAGGGACCUGGAGGCAGCCCUGCGGCGUCUGUCCCUCCGCCGCGACAACUACCUCUCAGAAAAACGCUUCUUCGAGGAGGAGAGGGAGAGGAAGCUGGCUUACCUGGCCAAAGAGGAUGAAAAGGGAGGCGAGGGGAGUAGCGGAGGCCCAGGGACGCCGACGGAGAGCCUGCUGUCGCUGUGUUCGCAUCCCUCCCUUGGAAGCAUCUGGUCGGGGUACUCAUUCACAGCCAGAUCGUACCUGCCGGAGAAGCUGCAAAUUGUAAAGCCGCUAGAAGGCUCUGCUACCCUCCAUGCUUGGCAGCAGCUGGCUCAACCCCAUAUGGGCGCUCUGCUGGAUCAUCGGCCCGGUGUGGUCACAAAGGGCUUCCGCACUUUAGCGCAUGAGGAACAGGAAGACGGCUGGCAGCUGGACCAGCCGGAGGAGGAUGAACUUUCAUGUGACUCAUUCACUGGCCUGUCAGGAGAGAGCCCUGCUCCCAUGGAUUUGCCUUGCUCUACCUCUUCUCCCUCUGUCUGCUGCAACAAGAUCGGAGACAUCGAUGACAACAGCCAGUCGGAAACACUGCUAGGAGAAAUGUGCAUGGCUAGAGAAGGGAUUCAAGUUAAAGAUGGACAUGUCGCAAACAUGCCCUUUUCCUUUUCCACACCCUCCCCUUCUGCCUCUCCUCUCCCCUCAUCUUCAGAGAUGAAUGGGCACGUGGACCUCAAGGAGCUCCAGGCCUUACAGGCCGCCGCAGUGGACCGCAAGCCUGUUAUUUUCCCGGGGAAGUGUAUGUCCCACACAAGCUCUACAUACACCUUCACCACCUGUAGGAUCCUCCACCCCUCUGAUCAGCUGACCUCUGUGUCCCCAAGCUCUGCUCUAGCUUCAUGUCAGAGCAGCGCUUACAUCGGCAGCCAUACCCCCAUUUCCUCUCCUAUACCCUUCUCUUCCCCACCUACACCUUCCUACACUCCCAGCUGCACCCCGCGCCGCCUGUCCCUUUCACUUUCACUAGCAGAGUCCUCCACCAAUCUUAGGGACUCCACCAAGACCACCAGUACCUCUCUAGGCCUGGUGCGCCUGCUGCUAGAGCAUGGGAUUUCUGCCUCAGUGUAUGACCCACACAGCUGGGACCGAGGGUUGGAUGCCAGUGGAGCUUCAACACCUGUAGCGCAGAGGAUCAACGAAAUGCCGACAGAGACCGAACCCUUGCGACUGAGGAAACGCCCGGACACCCUCCUCCUCCAGCCCUCCACCCCGCCCAAUUCGCCUCGUUCCAAAUCGUCCGUCUCUUCCAGCACCCGUCCUGUCUUUCAGUUCAGCCCCUCCGACGAAGACCCGCCAUUUUAUGACACCUUCCUCGCCUCUAAGCCAGCUCGUACCAUCCUAAGGGAAGUGCUGGGGGAGGCAGAGAGGGAGCGAGCGGGGCAAACAGAUAACGACAGCCAAACAGAGAUGCUGAAGCUGCGGCUUGUGGACAAACUAAAAUGUUUCCGCACCCUACCCCCUCAUGCCGCCUCUGUUUCAACUGGGAGUACUCUACUAGCCCCCUUUGGAUCUACCGGACUGGGAAACAGUACACUUGGUGGGGGCCUGCCAGGCUUGAACGCAGGGCUGAGGAGGAAUCGAAGCUAUCCUGCCAUGGUAGGAGCCAGUAUGGCCAUGAAGGACCCAGGGGGGCCCCCCAGCACAGAGAUACUCAUACCGCAUACGAUGCAACAUGCAGCAUACACACAGGAAACAGGCAAAAUGCAAACAAAUAACACACUGGUCACAAAGUCCAUACACAUACCACAGACUCUACAUGCACUGGAAACAGUCACACCACACACAAUAGUACAGAGACACACCAGGCCAAACAGCGGACAGCAUGAUUCAACAAGCGAUGACCAACAUGACACUGGGACAUAAUGGAGGAUAUUAUGACACAUGAUGAUAUACAACACACAUACACAUUUAUUGACAGAACCAAAUACCCCAUCAUAAUAACUAUACAGACAUCCUUCAGCUGUGGAGUACAGACAGUCCAGUCCAGACUUCAGCUGAUUUUAUUUAGAUAAUCAUAAGUUUGAUCAACAGAAGUAAAUGAAAUGGAUUAAAACCAGAAGUGGCUGAUGCUGUUACACUGUGUUAUACCCACAUACUGUCACACCAGACUAAUGAUGAUGAUGAUGGAGUAUGUUGCCUUCCUCAGUGUCCAUCAUAACUAUAUUGUAUAUGAUGUAUAUGCAAUAUACUGCGUCAUACGUAGUGUGAUAUCAAAAGGCCCAAUCUGGUGAAAGUACUGCAUAGAUUUCCCACAAUCCUCUUUUGGACUCAUUUUGCUCCUCAGCUUGAAUGAAGAAAGGCAAUGCAUUGAUUUCAAAUGUACUGUAUUGGCCCGAAUAUAAGACUUUUUUAUUCACAUUAUGUAUGAAGGAAAAAUGGGGUUCAUUUAUUUCAGAACUACACAGUUACACAUUCGCUACAGCAGAUGUUGCUUUAAAGGUGCAGUAUGUAAGAAUUGACAACCAGUAGAGGGAAGGACAUCACCCAAGUAUCUAUUAUCUGUUGCUUGCUGUAGCAGCUGUUAGCUAGUUAGCUCAGUUAGCCAUGCAGUUAGUGGUCUAUGCGAUGAGAUUGUAGCACAGGGGAAUAUUGAUGCUUACACCUUUGGAAUGGGAGGAUCUUGGGCUAGCUGGUUAGCAUUGCUAACUUCCAUAGUCAGUACUGUUAUUUCUUUACAUUCUGUUGAUAAAGUUUUGAAUGAUAAAAAUUCUUACAUAUUGCACAUUUUGUGUACGAAGUGCUGUGUACGAGCUGACAGGGUCAAGGUCAGAGGGACUAAAACCAAGACAAAAAAAAAUCUCUUCCACUGUAAAGGUACAGCCAUAGUAAAGGUGGCUGCUAGUUCUGAUCGAGGCAGGCUGAUUACCAGAGCCUUUAUUUAGCAAAAAAUUGACCCAUACUAUAUUUUUAUUUAGAAAUACAAUCUCAAAAUACAACGUGCUAAAUGUGUCUGCCUUGCUUCAUUCAAAGUGCAAAACACUGUGCUCUUAUAUUCAGGCCGCUACAGUAUUCUUAAACCCUUACUCCUUUGUAUCUGCAUCGUAUUGCACUGAAGUUAAAUGGAAGUUAUGAUGUUGGCAUUAGAGAUUUUUUUUCCACCAGCAGCUGUCUUUUUCCCCCCAUCUCUUUGUGUGUCAUCUGCAUUUACAAAAAUAAUCCAGAUUGGGGCUUAAAUGUGUUAUCCUGUUGUGACUUACUGUUCUUAUGUGCCUAAAAACAGCUUACAUACUGUAUCUCAUUGGAAUAUAGUUUGUUGAAUUACUUUAUUAUUUAGAUGCAGUGGAGAGUAAAUCUGAAUAAUUGCACAAAUUCAUGUAUUUGCAUCUGAACCUGCUGAGGGUCCCCACACUUGCUCAUUUGCGUCUAUGUCUUUGUUUUAAUCUCUCAAUAAGCCCCCUUCAUUUAUAAUCUACAUGUAGCACGUAAACAGGUCCAGCUACACAGACACCUGUUAAAUCACUGUGACCAGAAUACAAGAGGCAGACCUGCAGAAAACGAUGUAAUUUGAUUCUAUUGUGUAUGAGGCAUGACAUCCCAAUUUAACAAAAUGUAACAUCAGAAGCAGAGUCUGCCAUCCUGAGCUGUCACUCAAAACCAAAGUUACAUCCUAGUAAAGAGUGGUUGGGACCACAACAACACCUACACCUAUUGAAGCAAGACGACUGUCAGCAAUGGCCAAUGUAAACCUGGAUCGUGCAUACAUACUGUCACCAUAUAAUUACUUUAUAUGAAAUCAAGUGUGUGGCUGAAAUAAAUAGCAAUAUAAGGCAUUAUGAAACAUGUAUGUUUUCUGAAUGUAAAUGUCAAAGAUCAGAAUGUUGAAUUUUAAGAGACUGAGCUUUCAUCACAGUUUGUUGCUGGAGGGACGUUUUUAGUAUCACUGACCCAGUUCCAGUGUCCAUUCUCUGGAAACACCCAUGGGACGUGUUGUACAGUCUCCAUAUAUACAUAAUACAUGACUUUACUGGCAACAGAAACACGUUAUGUCUUUGUGAAGUGAUUGUCCCUACAACAUUUCAAUUAAUGUCUGAAGGUAGACGUUGGGACUGGGCCACUGACUGCUGUUCUGACUGAAAGUGAAUGAAAAGAAAUGGCUGGCUCUGUUGCUGGCAGUGAUCUGAUGAAAUCCUUAAUGAUUAAGGGGCUAAACUUGCAAAUGUUACUGAGUGAGAGAUUAAUAAUCAUUAAAUAUAUUUAUUGAAUACUUGUGAUUAUUAGAAGCACGCUUAUAACUGACUGUCCAUUGUACGUUUGAGUGUAGAUUGUAUUUACUUUGAAUCAUUUUUUCAUUAUUAUGAUUACUGAUAAACAUUUAUCUGGUUUCAUAGAAACAUUUCCAUUUUAAAACCAUUAAUUCAUAACAGUUGGAGAUUUUGGAGGAAAAAAAUCAGUCAGCGAUUUGCAGUAUUUCUGAACCAUAACAAGUGCUGAGACCGAAGGGAGUGGUGUGUGUGCUUGCGUGUGUGUGCCUGUUUAUGUGUGUUACCUGAAUUAUCUGAAUGUAAGUUAUUACAAACAGUAAUCCUGCUGUAGGGCCAUAUAUUUGUGUACAGUAUGUUGAUUUAUCUUCAUCAGUUUGUGUUAAACUCAGACGGAGUGCUAUUAUUACAUUGUAAAUGUAUACAACACACGGUCAUGCUAACUUUUUUUUAAAGCAAAAAACUGUAACAGUAGAAGACAAAAACAGGGAAUUAAGUUGUUUAUUUUUAGUAAAGGGGGAAAGAAACCUUUCUGUUCAGGGACUGAAGUGUUCUAUUCUACAGAACGGGCUGUACUGUCAAUAAAAAAUGAAUACAUAAAUACAUAAA